UUCCUGCACUGUGGAGUCCUGAAACGUCCAGCGGAGGUCAUUUUAAACACACAUGGAAACUGAAGUGUGCGUGUGUGUUUGCGUGCAGGUGGCUGUGUCUGUAUCGCAACAAUGACUCCACGUCACACAAAAGGGCUGAACCUGCUAUAAAAUAUGGGCUGUGAUCCGUCGCCCCCCCAUCUCGCCCUUUCUCUAGCUCUCUCUCACUCAGGAGCUCAGCAAGGAUGUGGACUGGUCUCAGCCUGCCGCAGCUCUGCGCACAUUACUGACGACAAGGACCGUUUCCCAACACUCACAGAAGAAUCUGUUCCCAUCAUGACCAGGAAGGUGUUUACCAACACCAGGGAGCGCUGGCGGCAGCACAACGUCAACAACGCCUUUGCCGAGCUGCGUAAGCUGAUCCCGACUCAUCCUCCAGAUAAGAAGCUGAGCAAGAACGAGAUCCUACGUCAGGCCAUGCGUUAUAUCAACUUCCUGGUGCAGCUGCUAGAGACUCAGACCAGACAGCCGGUUGGCCACUCCCAAACAGCGCUGCUGAACCUCCUGCGAGGCAACAUGGAGCAACUCAACCCAACAACGCACCUCUGGAACAGUGACACAGAGGCCACUUCGCCAGGCUCCAGCUGCGAGAGCUCGGAGGCCUGGUAGAUGCAACCAUUUUGGUCUUCAAUUGUCUCUCAUGGCAUCUUCACAGAGAACAUUGGGAUGCUUGCGGAAGAAACCUGGAGUCCUGAUGUUGACAUUGCCAGCAGUUGUGUUCUGCAUGGAUGUACCGCCAUGUUCGUAAUCCUUGUUUGGAGAGAUCUAUAAGUUUUGGCAGUAAGAUGCUCUCUGCGGACAAGUGCUGAGGGAAUAAGUGAUGUGACAAGGCCUCGCUGGGUAGCUGUCAGCACUUUUGUGUUUGCUCGAGGUGAGAGAUGACUUGUUCAUCAGUGUUUAUAAAUCACCAAGUCAAUUGGCCUUGGUUCUAGUCUUCUCACUAAAACAAGAUUAAUUUAUUGAUCUGAAGGUAACAUUCCGAGCGUCUUCUGGAGGAGUCUCUCUUGGCUGGCUCAGCUUAUAUCUCGAAGAACGCUCAGUCUCUGCUGGCUCUGCUCUGGCUUCACCAUAGUCCUCAUGACGGAAGACUGUGUAGAGCCACUUCCCAAAUUUGCCACAGAAAAUGGUUUGCCCAUCCUGAGACUGGCUCAAACCUCCACAAUGAACCGUCAUCAAUCCAGGUUUGAUUCAGUGUGACUUUCAUGUCCUUCCUCCAAGUCGGACAUGGAUGUCCAUCAACAUUCAUUUGACUUGUCGGAAACUAACCCUGUGCAUAUCAGAAUGACUGCCAGUAAGAUGAGUACACUAUUGGCUUGGGAUGCUCGUGAGAGUCUAAAUUGAAGUUUGGGUGAAUGUUGGUUCAGCUCACCAUAUGAAAGCUCAAAAGUCAAUGACAGAUCAUGACCUCAUUCAGUCGUCUCCCUGGAAUUGUCACAUCAGAGCCAAAGAAGGUGGUUGUUCCCUAUGGCGAGAUUCUCCUGGUACCUCUCUAAGUUAUUUUGCUUGU